ACCUCCAAACAAACUUCCACCCACUCGCACACGAAACCCCCUCCAAUAUCCAUCCUCUUUACAAACCACACACACCAGAAUGGAUGCCCCCCAAACCCCGCGCGUGCUGCAACCGCACCUCGCGCAAUUCCAGCACCGCAUCGUGCGCGUGCUGGGCAAGGUCGUGCAGCUGCGUGGCGAGACGGCGGUGAUUGACGCGGGGGGGAAUAUCGAUGUUUUGUUGAACCGGGACGCGCACCUCACGCUCAACAACGCCGUCGAAAUCAUCGGUAAAGUCGACGCCAACCUCGCCAUCAAAGUGCAAGCCGCCACGGAUUUUGGGAGUGGUGUUGAUUUCAACGCGGCGAAUGCGGUGGUCGAGGCGACGCAUAGGCACAAGGCGAUUUUCUACGAUGAGGUGUAGGGGGUGUCAUAAGCGGGAGAAGGGGGUUGAGAAGGUGGUUGAGACGGGCUGUGCGGGAGCCGUGGAUGCAGGAUGAGAUUGAUGGUAUCCUAUGGGUGAGAAUGUGGCGGGAUAGGAUGGGACGACAUGACAUGCCAUGGGAUGAACAGGAGAGCUGGCAGGACGGACCAUGAGGCCCAGAAACAUCAAAGCAGUGCAACAAAACGCCAUGAAAUUUGAAGAUUUUCCAGAU